AGAAAAAUAACCAGGAAAUGUUACACUUCAUGAGGAAUUACCACUGUUUUCCUGGGAGAAUUUGAUGGAGCUGCCAGCAGCAAACAGAAUGGAAAAGGUGAUCAGCUGUUUCAAGAAGAGCCCAGAUGCUGUGGCCAGGCUGAUAUGCUUCCCCUGGGCAGGUGGAGGCUCCAUACACUAUGCGCGCUGGGGGAACGUCCUCAACAGCUCCAUAGAAGUGUUUGCUGUCAAGCUUCCGGGCAGAGAGAGUCGAGCCAAAGAGCCCUUCUUUCAGGACAUGCAGCAGAUUGUGGACGAGGUUAUUGGUGUGUUGUUACCGGUGCUCAAAGAGAAGCCGUUUGCUCUGUUUGGACACAGUUUCGGGGCCUUCACCGGUUUCGCCGUGGCAGAUGCUCUGAAGAGACUGCACAACCUGGAACCCGUUCACAUCUUCGUGUCCAGUGCCUCUGCACCUUAUUCAGAGACGCGCAUCAACGCCCCAAAGAGAAGCGAGGUGUCCGAUGACGACUUCCUCAAGUGGUUGAUUUCGAUCGGAGGAACUCCUCCCGAGCUGCUGGCGAACCCCGAGGUCCUGAAGCUCUUCCUUCCCGCCCUGAAGGCCGACCUGCACGUCGUGGAGAACUACAGGUGCCAGAAGCCGGACAUCCCGCUCCUCUCCUGCCCCAUCACGUGUUUUGAUGGAAAGGAGGACGUUCCUCACGACUUACAAGCUUGGAAAAGCAUCACAUCCGGAGAUUUCACCGUCAGGAUGCUCGAUGGAUCUCACUUUUAUCUGAAGGAGUCUGAAAAUGAAAAGACGAUAUUAGACUACAUCACCAAGCAGGUGGAAACAUCAGAAAUGGACUAUUUAUGAUGAAUAUUAUAUCUAAUGACUUCAAUGUUGUUGUUCUAUUAAUUCAUUGUGAUGGAAGUCAAAUGUGGAUACAUUCCAGAAGUGUAACAUUGUGGAACAAAGUUUGAUAUU